AGGAUGAAGCAGCAUCUUAAAUAAUAGACGGUGUUGAGGGCCGUAAGCUGCUGCCGUAAGUGCAGUUGACGAACCUCCCAUCCCAUCCCGUGAGAGUGCCAGAUCGGUUCAUCCUCGAGAUCACAAACUCGGAAACAUGACGUACUCCAAAGUCCAUCAACAACCACGCGCUUGGUGGAAGGAAGGCGUUGUGUAUCAGAUUUAUCCGGCAUCCUUCAAAGAUUCCAACAAUGACGGCACAGGCGACAUCCCUGGAAUCAUCUCAAAGCUCGACUACAUUCGAGAUCUUGGGAUUGACAUCAUCUGGAUCUCCCCCCAUUACAAGAGCCCUCAGGUCGACAUGGGCUACGAUAUCUCCGACUUUGAGGACAUUCACGAGCCGUACGGGUCCCUUGAAGAUUGCGAGAGAUUGAUAGAGGAAAUCCAUGCGCGAGGAAUGAAGGUCAUCUUCGAUCUUGUCAUCAAUCACACCUCAGACCAGCACCCCUGGUUUCUCGAAUCGAAAUCUUCCAAGACGAAUCCAAAGCGGGACUGGUACUUCUGGAGGCCACCCAAGUUCGAUCAACAGGGGAACAGACGCCGCCCGAACAACUGGCGAAGCCAAUUCACAAAGCCUGCAUGGACUUGGGACGAAACAACGCAGGAGUACUAUCUCCAUGUGUACGCCGACGGCCAGCCCGACCUGAAUUGGGAAAAUGAAGAUUGCCGCCGUGCAGUCUACGGCAGCGCCAUCAGAUUCUGGCUGGAACGCGGCGUGGAUGGCUUCCGGGUUGAUACUGCCAACAAAUACUCCAAGGUGCGAGGGCUUCCAGACGCGCCGAUCGCCGAGCCCGACGAGGAGACACAGCUAGCAAUGUGCCACUACGCCAACGGGCCGCGAAUCCACGAAUAUCUCAAAGAGAUGAAGGGAGUCAUGUCUCCUUUCGACGUCAUGACGGUUGGGGAGCUCCCUAACACGCCGGAUCGUGCCGACGUCUUGAAAUACAUCUCAGCCAGCUCUGGGGAGUUGGACAUGGUGUUCAACUUCGACACGGUCGGCCUCGGCCAGACUCCGGGAAAUCGAUUUUUGCCAAUCCCCUUCGACAAUGUCGACUUCAAGUACAACCUCACAAAGUGGCAGGCAUUGCCCGAGACGACCGAUGCUUGGACAACCGUGUUUCUCGAGAACCACGAUCAGGGUCGGUCGGUGUCGCGAUUCGCUUCGGACCUUCCGCAAUUUCGCGAAGCCUCGGCCAAGAUGCUCGCGACCGUCCUCACCAGCAUGACGGGCACUUUGUUUUUGUACCAGGGCCAGGAAAUCGGCAUGAUCAACGCACCGGCGUCCUGGUCGGAGCUCAACUACAAGUGCGUGCGGUCGGUCAACUACUUCAACGAUGUUUGCGAGCGGGCCGGCAACGAUCCCGCUGCGUUGGAGGAGGCCAGGAGGAACCUUCAGCGAGUUGCGAGGGACCACGCAAGAGUCCCCAUGCAGUGGGAUGACUCUGCCAAUGCCGGAUUUUGCGCCGACGGUGUGCAGCCCUGGAUGCCUGUUCUCGAAAGUCACGUCGACAUCAACGUCUCGAAGCAACUCGGCCGGCAGGACAGCGUCUUGGAAUAUUGGCGAAGUCUGUUGAAGCUCCGGAAGAGGCUUUCCGCCUUGUUUGUGUACGGGAAGUUUACUCUGAUCGAACAGCAAAAGGACUUGAUGAUGUUUCUCAAGGUGGAUUCGGGAACCGGAUUACGAGCAUUGACCGUUGCCAAUCUGUCGAAAGCGAGGAUGAGUUUCGACGAGGAACCGCACUUCCCGUUGGAUGGGGCAGAAUUGUUGAUCCAUAAUCGUUCCUCAAAAUUGGUGGAUUUGGACCGGCGGAUGAGUCUCGAGCCCUUUGAGGCGAGAGUGUACCUCAGGCGAGAUUAA